UGGCUAAAGAUGGCUGAAGCUCCCCUAUGGCCCAGUCGCUUCUUCUGUCACAGAUGCUCUGCAGAGAUCAGCCCCCGGCUUCCCGACUAUACGUGUCCGAGAUGUGACUCCGGGUUUAUUGAGGAGCUGCUAGAGGAAAGAAGUGCUGACAAUGGCUCCAUGUCUACCCUCUCCAGCGGACCCCAGAACCAGCAACCAUUUGAGACUCCAGACCAGCACUUGUUCACAUUCCCGUCAGGCUAUGGUCAGUUUGCCCUGGGUGUCUUCGACGACAGUUUUGACUUUGGGGCUGGACUGGGAACAGAGGACAACCGGGAUGUUGAAAACAGGAGGGAAAGGGAAACAGCAUCACGGCAACGAUAUGGUGCUAGGCAACCAAGGAGUCGUCAUGGUUCGAGGCGGCAAGCUGGGAGGCACGAGGGAGUACCCACUUUAGAAGGAAUCAUUCAGCAGCUAGUGAAUGGAAUAAUUGCACCUACUGCAAUGCCAAAUAUAGGUGUUGGGCCAUGGGGUGUUCUUCAUUCAAAUCCCAUGGAUUAUGCCUGGGGAGCUAAUGGACUAGAUGCAAUUAUAACACAGUUAUUAAACCAGUUUGAGAAUACGGGACCCCCGCCUGCUGAUAGAGAUAAAAUAAAAACUCUUCCUACAGUACAAAUUACAGAUGUGCAUGUUGCUUCAGGGCUGGAAUGUCCAGUGUGUAAAGAAGAUUACAGUGUUGGAGAAAACGUGAGGCAGCUCCCGUGCAAUCACAUGUUCCACAAUGAUUGCAUAGUACCCUGGCUGGAACAGCAUGAUACGUGUCCAGUAUGCAGGAAAAGCUUGUGUGGACAGAACACCGCAACAAACCCUCCAGAACUAUCAGGGAUGAACUUUACCUCCUCCUCUUCCUCUUCAUCCUCCUCUACCCCUCAGUCCUCAAGUUCGACUAGCAAUGACAACUCCACUGAUAACUCCUAGAGAGACAUUUCUCCUUAUCACCCUAUGAGCUGUUUAUAGCUCUGUGGCUGCUUUACUUCAGAGCAGUGACCUCCAGUUUCUCCCUGUCCUAGGGUAGAGACCUGAGUGCAUCUUGUCAGGAGCACUCUCACGUGACUCAGGGGUAAGUGAUACGUGAGGCUCAACCUGAUGCUCCCACCCUCAUCAGGAAUCUGAACAGAGGAAGGGCAGAGGCCCUGGAGUGCAGCUUAUGUCAAGGAGGAUGUAGAGACUUCAAAAGGGUUUGAUCUGCCUGAACCAUCUCAUACAAGGAAGAGAAGCGAAGGAAAUCCAAUGGUAGAGAACUUGGGACAACAACACAGUUGCUGUCCUUUUUUCUUUUUUAAUCACAAGACUUCUAUGAUUUAAAAUGACCCCCUUUUGCCAAUUCAGCAAAAGGGAUAUGUACAGUUAUUCCUUUAUAAUUAGUAUUAAUUUCUGACAGAUAAAAUGACCCAUUGCAGUGCACUGUUAGUGGGCAUUUUUGCUAUUUCAUGGUUUGGAAAUAUUUUUGAUUUUAAUCCUCUAUAAUCAGUUUUAGCACAAUUACCAUUGGUUGCACUAGAAAAGAUGUCAAAUUGCAGUAACUAUGUGCUGUAUGGAUGGUGAUGUGGCUAAUCAUUACAAACACACAGAUAUUUUUAUUUUAUCUGCUAAAUUGAGGGUCAAGUUUUCAGAUGACACACUUUUACAUUUCAUUGCAUUUGUGCAUUUUAACUUAAGGGUAAAUUAAAUAUUUUCUAAAGUUGCCAGUUGAAAAUGAUGGAUUUGCAGUAUGUUCGUGUACAAUAAAGAAUAUUGGAAAUCAAAAUAAAGAUGUUUGGGUGGUGCCACUCAAAUUUCCAGUGA